AUAAUAAUAAGAAGAUUGAAAGCAUGGACACACAUGGAAGUGGGCUUCAGAAGAGAGGGCUCGGAGAGACUAAGGCAAAGAAGUGAAGAAGGGGUGGUAAGUCACCCGGGACUAAAUCCAGCCUCCUCGAGGAGUCAGUUUUAUAUUGCACUGCCCUGCACAGCACUGUCCCCUGGACCGACUAGAGCGAUGUUGCAACAUCCACAAUCCCUCCGAGUCCUCUUGUUGCGUCUGUAGAGGUUAGGGCUUCUUAUCCUAAACUGGGUUGUGUUAGUUUUGCGUUUUUGUGAGUGGUUUUGGAAGUGGAAGCGAUGGGAGCAUCUGCUGUGUUGUGUGUGGGUUCGAAGCUGCCAGCAGCGUUUCAGUGGGCGCCGAAUGGGAGAGUGACAAGGACUCAGAAGAGGGAGCAAGGGCAGCAACAGUCGGUGCAGCUAUGGGCGAGAGGAGAUGGAAAGGAGAGGCAAAGGAGGGUGGUGAUGGCUAGGGCAGAAGGAGCCAUGGAUAGUUUCCCUGGGGUAUCGAUGCGGGGGCCGGGCGGACCUGGCGGAAUCGAGCAAUUUGCUCGGUUGCAGGAUUUGGAUCCCGGGACGAUGCUCCUGCAGCAGAGAAUUUUGUUUCUGGGGUCGCAGGUGGAUGAUUUCUCCGCGGAUUUGAUCAUCAGCCAGAUGUUGCUGUUGGACGCACAGGAUCCUACGAGGGACAUUAAGCUGUUCAUCAAUUCGCCCGGGGGGUCGGUGACUGCGGGCAUGGGGAUUUACGACGCCAUGAAGCUGUGCAAGGCAGAUGUGUCGACUGUGUGCUUUGGUCUCGCGGCGUCCAUGGGGGCGUUCUUGCUGACAGCCGGGACGAAGGGCAAGCGGUACUGCAUGCCGAACGCCAGGGUGAUGAUUCACCAGCCGUUGGGUGGCGCCGGUGGCACAGCCAUAGACGGCGCGUUGCAAGUGAGGGAGAUGAUGUUCCACAAGUACAAGCUUCAGAAGAUAAUGUCGCGUCUUACGGGCCAGCCUGAGGCGAGGGUCGAAGCUGACACGGAUAGAGACAAUUUUAUGAAUGCGUGGGAGGCGAUGGAGUAUGGGCUUGUGGAUGGCGUGAUUGGAGACGGCAAUCCUGAUCUCGUUGCACCAAUCGGCUCUCCAAUCGAGCCUCCUAAGCCCAAGAUUAACUCCAAUUGGACUAUUAAGGAAUUCAGGGAGAGAAGAUACAUGCCUUCUGAGGACGCCGCUGCAAGACAGAUUGAAGCGCCCAAGAGCUAACCCUCUGCAGUUUGAUUUUUCCAGCCAACAAUUAGAAUUACUGGUCAAGAUGAGGUACUGAGUGUCGGGAGUGGAUGUCUUUAGUUCCCAUGCAAGUAACUGUUUAUCCGCUUUUUUUAAUCGUAUCGCUCGAUACCCCAAUGGAUGCAGUACAUAUAUAGCAUCAGCUCCGCUAGGAGUUGAAAGGGGACAACAAAUGCAUUCAGAAACAUCUACAUGGGCAUAUUAAAAAUAAGUGCUACAGAGUGAGUUGAAAUUGCGGGCAAAAAUGCAGCCCUUUGCGCUCUUUGGAGUAACUAGUCAACUACUGGUUAGUAUAAUAGAGACAUUCAGUCGUGCACUUUGUACAAGUAACGCAGUAGGUAUGGACAAAAAAUGAUUUAACAUUGUGAAGGUAUUCAGGAAAUAAACAUGAUCAAUGCAUAUGCCAGAACACGUUCUGUGCAAUUGUUUUUA